AUGCUAGGACUUAAUAGUUACUUUUUAGAUAAGCUGAGGAGAGUCGCUGAUGUUAAAAAUAUCAAAGCAACUUAUAAUUACUUACAUAUGACCCUUAGACUUUAUAAGACCCUUAGCAUUCAACUGAUUUCUCUGAGGGUGGAUCACUUAUAUCUAUUUAUGACUGUACCUCGUCUUACUUCAAAUAAGUACUUUUUCCACUUUUUCAUCAAGCACAAGGCAGCCCAUAAUGCAGUUAAGCCUAAAUUCCCGUGCAACGUAUGCGGAAGAUUGUUUAAACGAUCGGAUUCAAGACAGUCUCACAUGAAGACCCAUAUUAAAGUCGAAAAACUAGUUGAGUGCACUGUUUGUAGUAGAAGAUUUAGGGACAUAACCCAAAUGAAAUCGCACUUAAAGUCUCAUAACACAGAAAAGCCAUAUGAGUGUGAUUUGUGCAAUAAGAGAUUUAAACAUUUAGUUCAUAUGAAGGCGCAUAGAACAGGGCACACCGGUGGGGAACCAUAUCCGUGUAAAAUUUGCUUCAAAAAAUACAUAACUGCUUCAGGUUUAAGUAAUCACAUGCUUACACAUAGUGGCAAACCGAUUCAGAGAAAACAUGAGUGUGGUCUUUGCGGCGGUAAAUUCAUGCACAAGUCUGCGCUUAAAGAACAUAUCAAUAGCCACACUGACGAAAAACCAUACCAGUGCGAUGUUUGUAAUAAAUGGUUUAAACUUAAAGCACAUCUGAAGGUUCAUGUUUUGACACACGCAGGCAAAAAGGCUUUCGAGUGUGACUUUUGCGGAAGAAAAUACUCGGGCAAGACCAGUUUUAUAUCCCACGUAAGAGGGCACACGGGUCACAGGCCGUAUCAGUGUAGCUUUUGCAAUCAAAGAUUUACAAUUAAAUCACAUCUUACAGUACACAUUCAAUCUAAGCAUGGUGAGAAACCACACGAAUGCGAUGUUUGCAAAAAAAGGUACAUGCAGAAGAGCGAAUUGAGGGACCACCAAAGGACUCAUACCGGGGAAAGACCAUAUUCGUGUGAUAUAUGCGAUAAACGAUUUAUGACGAAAAAGAUGGUUCGAAUCCACUUGCGAACACACUCGGGGAAAAAACUAUACAAGUGUAAUACAUGCGAAAAAAGAUUGAGCUCGUCUGGUUUAAGAUGGCACAUAAAACUACGUGUUUGUCUGCGUAAUAAAUAUCAGUGUAACAUCUGCAAGAAUUACUGUAAGUCAUCAAGUAAUUUGAGAAACCAUCUGAAGAGCCACAAAAAAAACUAACCAGCAUUGUUAUUUAUACAGAGUGCUGCAAAAAGGGUAAACAAGCCGAAAGCAGCAUGUGCAGCAUGGUAUA